AUGCAGCUCCAUCCGGACUUGCUGCUGCUGCUGCCUCUGCAGGCGCUGCUGCUGCUGCUCUGGGCGCAGGAAGGGGCGAGCCUACAGGGUUACUACCUGGACGUGAAUAGGUCGGUGACGGUACAGAAGGGCCUGUGUGUCCAUGUGCCCUGCAAGUUUACAUACCGAUCUGAAGAUGGGACUGGAUUGGGCCCGGUUUACGGCUACUGGUACCAGUACCUGGACGGGUUAGGACGCUGGGCUUUUCCAGUGGCCACGAAUGAACCAAAUCGACAGGUGUGGGAGGAAACCAGGGGUCGAUUCCUCCUCACUGGGGACCCCGAGGACAACAAUUGCUCCCUGGACAUCAGAUAUGCCAAGAAGAGAGACGAGGGGUCGUUUUACUUUCGGCUGGAGAAAGGAAACACACGCUAUAGUUAUACAGAUUACCUAAUGUCUGUGCGGGUGACGGGUAAGGCCGGCUCGGGCAGCAGCCGGAGGGGAAGUCACAAGGCUGUGGUGGAGCUGGGAUGGACCAGCCCUGGGGACCAGGGGCUGAGCAUCGGGGCUGCGGGAGGAGCUCAGGCAGGACCCAAGCUGCCUCAAGGCCACGCCUCAGAACCUGGUCCUCAAACCCUCUGUCCCCUCUACUCGCCAGCCCUGACCCACCGCCCGGACAUCCUCAUCCCGGGGACCCUGGUGUCCGGCCGCCCCAGCAACCUGACCUGCUCUGCGUCCUGGGCCUGUGAGCAGGGGACACCCCCCAUGUUCUUCUGGGUGGGGACCUCUGUGUCCCACCUGCACCCCACAGUCACCAGCUCCCCAGCGCUCACCCUCACGCCCAGGCCCCAGGACCACCGCACCAACCUCACCUGUCAGGUGACUCUGCCCGGGGUCAGUGUGACCAGGAGGACGACGGUGCACCUCAGCGUGUCCUACCCCCCACAGAACCUGACUGUAACCAUCGUGGCCCGGGGAGCCAGCUCAGCUCCCACAGCCCUGGAGAACGGCUCGUCUCUUCCGGUCCUGGAGGGCCAAGCUCUGCGCCUGCUCUGUGCGGUUGACAGCUACCCCCCAGCCAUGCUGACCUGGUCCUGGGGGAACCUGAUUCUGUGUCCUUCUGAGCCAGCGAACCCUGGGGUGCUGGAGCUGACUCCAGAGCACUUCAAGGGUGAAGGAGAACUUACCUGCAGAGCACAGAACUCCCUGGGCUCCCGGCACAUCUCCCUGAGCCUGCCCUGGCAGGGAAAAUCAGCGCCCAUGGCAGACGUGGUGCUGGUGACCAUUGUAGAGAUAGCUGUCAAGAUCCUGCUUCUCGGGCUCUGCCUCAUCUUCCUCAGAGUGAAGUCUCAAGGGAGGAAAGCAUCCAGGCCUGAAGCAGAGAUGCACAGCAUCACGGACUAUUCUCCCAGUGGAUUGGAAAACAAGAAAAGAACAAAAGAGCCAUGAUCUCCAUUUUGGCUAAGCCUGCCAUUUCCAUAUAAUGAUGUGUGCAGAGCUGGCUGGACUUCUCCCUAUCCUCUCGACGGACUUUAAGCAGUGCACAUCAGUCUAGCCGCUGAGGGGUAGUCCUUGAAGCAAGGUGACAAUCAGUGUUACCCCACCCCGUAGCUCCCACAAGCAUGCAUGGGUCAGGCAGGAAGAAGAGCCAUGCUCCACGCUGUCGGCUGGGACUGAGCCACAAGGAAGAGGCUGUGACAUCUCAGGGCAUAAAAAGCUACACAGCAGGGCAUCAACCCCAAAACCCUGGAUACUGCCUCCAACUGUGUUACGCAUAUCUCCUCGCUCUCUCUGCAUACUGCAGAGCCCAUUUCAGGCCUCCUACCUGGCCCAGCUCACCCACCUCAGCUACAGUCACUCCUCCCUGAGCCACUCCUCUCUUGACGAAUUACUAAAACUUGGGUCAUGGCCUUUGUUCCAGUUAGCCAUCACCCUAGCUGGACUUAGGAGCCCCCUGGCUCUCCUACAACUACAGAUAUGCCUUAAUGUCUUUAUUGUUGCCGUGGGUUGCCCUGGAAGUGAUAGACUGGUAUUAACUUAUUGGAAUUCCAGUAACUUUUCCAUGGGAUUACAAAUAUAAACUCUCCUGACCGUGAUGAGGACUAAAAAGGGGUAAUCAAUAAACACUGAGCUCCUACCAUGUGCUGGUGUUUUCCUGGCUGUCGGGAGGCCUCACUGCCUGGAGCAAUGUCAUCUUUAUCAUUGAGAAGCUGUCAAUCUAGAGACAGGAGGAACAGGAAUAAAAAGAAAGAAUCUGUUGAUUGGAGCUAGCAUGGGUUGCUUGGUAUCUGCAGAGGAAUCACGCAGGGAGGGGACCUGGUGACACUAGGGUUGGUCUCUGUGUCUGAUGGUAUGAGGUCUGAUGUCUGAUCAAAGAUUCAGGUAGCCAGGAAUCAGGAUCUGUUUUUCUAAGAAUUAUCAUCUCAGGAAAAGGGAGAGGGGGAUGGCAAGUGCCACUGCCUGGAAACGGGCCCUGUGCAUUCUGCAAACAAGAGCCUGGAAUUUAGAGCAGAGAAGGGCAGAAGGUCAGGAAGCAGUGAGGAGGAAGGUAGGCGGUUGGGGCCCUGGAGGCUGAGGCAGACCGCACAGGAGGCAGAGGUGUGACUGCAGUUUUUUCUUUACUAGGAUUCCCAAGGCUGCUCUGGUCACAUCAGGCCAGAGAAAGUUCUGGCAGCAAUGAAGAGAAGGGUAUGUUGGUCAGGUUUCCACCAGUGCGACAAAAUACCUGAGAUAAAUACUUUACAAGGGUGGAAAUUUCACUGAGGCUCACGGUUUCAGAGGUUUCAGUCCAUGGUUUCUUGGCCCCACUACUUUGGGGCUGUGGUGCUCUUAGGCAGUAGUUACUAUGGCUUGCAAUUGUAGUUAAGUAAACAAAGACCUCAAUUAUGACACAUUAUGGUAAAUUAUGCCUUUACUUUCACAGUUUUCUGAGUCUUGACUAAAUUCCUUCAUAAGAACAGAAGGAACAAGGUAUCCUCCCGUCAGCUGCUAAUGGUGCCAUGGUGCAUCAUGGUGGCAUCGCAUGGCUGAAGUGAGCCCACUUCUUGGCAGCUGAGGACAGAAAGAGAUAGGAAGGCAUGGGAGUCCCAGGGUCCCCUGCAAAGCACCUCCUCCAGUGACUAAUUGCUAAACUGAUUUUGACUGAUGUGUCCGGAAGUUUCCAUCCAUGACCUUUGACCCUGUGCUGGCAAUGGAUGACCAUGGUGGAGGAAGAGUGUACACAUCAUGACAUCCAGGAAGCAAGGAGAGCAAAGAGGCCACCUUUUCAAAGUUUUAACCUGUUCCCAGUGGGCUCCGCCACCUAAGAGUUCCACCAACUUCCACUAGCACCAUGGGGAGGGGACCAAGUUCUCAGCACAUGGGUCUUUGGAGGAACAUUCAAGAUCCAAACCACACCCCAGGAAAGCGGAGAUGGAUGCUCCCAGAGGAGGCACCACAGCGUGAGGCAGGGAGGGAAGGAGGGUUGAGGAUGUGUCUGAUGCAUGUGGAGGCCAAUGGGGUUCUUCAUGGACGUGGCCAGUAAGGGAAAGAGGAUAGUGAGGCCGGUGGAAGAACAUUUCUCUGAGCUCCCAGGGAGCUGGAGUCCUGUUCCAUGGAGGAGCAGAUUCAAUCAGGGAAAGGGGGUCCAGGCUGCAGUGUUAUGGAGCAUAGCUGGGGUAAAGCGAAGCCCGAGGGAGGGGUGAGAAAGAGGGGAUCACAUGUUGGAAAAGGGAAACUUGUCACUGAUGAUCUUUGUAACAACAGCUUUUUUGUUUAUUAAUCCUAAUUUACCUGGAUCACCUUUGACUAUGUUCAAGAAAUAGUUACCACUCCUCUAGGUAUAAUUGAAAAAUAAAAAUUUUAUGUGUUUACGUUA